AUGUUCCGAGACUUCGGGGAGCCCGGACCGAGCGCCGGGAGGGGCAGCGCGUACCGCGGCCCCGCGCACAACCCCGCCGCAGCUCAGGCGGCCGGCCAGCAGAAGUUCCACCUCAUGCCAAGUCUCAAUGCCGUGAGAGGCAGUCAGGAGUUGCAGUGGAUGGUGCAGCCUCACUUCCUGGGACCCAGGAGCUACCCCAGGCCUCUGGGCUACCCCCACUUCAGCCCCCCACAACCCCGACCAGGAGUCAUCCGGAGCCUGGGGCCACCUCCAGGAGCACGGCGCCGGCCCUGUGACCAGCUCAGCCCCGAGGAGGAGGAGCGCCGCCGAGUGAGACGUGAGCGGAACAAGCUAGCCGCUGCCAAGUGCCGGAACCGGAGGAAGGAACUGACAGACUUCCUGCAAGCUGAGACCGACAAACUGGAGGAUGAGAAGUCCGGGCUACAGCGAGAGAUUGAGGAGCUGCAGAAGCAGAAAGAGCGUCUGGAGCUGGUGCUCGAAGCUCACCGCCCCAUCUGCAAGAUCCCAGAGCAGGCGGAGGAGGGCGGCACAGAGGGCACUGGGCACACAGGCGCUGCCAGCAGCCCGCCCGGCCCCGCCCGCCCUGUGCCUUGUAUCUCCCUUUCCCCGGGGCCUGUGCUUGAACCCGAGGCGCUGCACACCCCCACACUCAUGACCACGCCCUCCCUGACCCCAUUCACCCCGAGCCUAGUCUUCACCUACCCCAGCACCCCCGAGCCCUGCUCCUCGGCCCAUCGCAGGAGUAGCAGCAGCAGCGGGGACCCUUCCUCCGACCCUCUCGGCUCCCCCAGCCUCCUUGCUUUGUAA